AUGAGUGACGUCGAGAGGCUAUUGAAGCAAGCUGCCAUGCAAAUAGGUGCUGGUGGCAGUGCAGGAUUUGUGGAAGUUUGCAUUAUGCAUCCUCUGGAUCUUGUAAAAACGAGGCUACAAUUACAAGCUACUAAGCAGACGAUAGUUAGCUCUGAUCCUCACUACUACACAGGAAUUGUAGACUGUAUGAACAAAAUGUACAAGUACGAAGGCUUUACAUCGUUUUGGAAGGGCAUUCUUCCUCCUAUUGUGGCUGAAACUCCUAAGCGAGCUGUAAAAUUUGCAACAUUUGAGCAAUACAAAAAGUUGUUUUUGUUUGGUUCCAGCUCACCUACACCUUUAACUUUCUCUCUAGCUGGUCUCGGAGCAGGUAUCACAGAAGCUAUUCUCGUUAAUCCCUUCGAAGUAGUUAAAGUGACCUUACAAUCUAACAAGGCCCUAGCCACAGAGAUCCCAAGCACAUGGUCGGUGACCAGACAGAUUGUGCGAGAACAUGGCCUAGGUUCCAGAGGCCUCAAUAAAGGCUUGACAGCAACAAUAGCAAGAAAUGGAGUAUUUAAUAUGGUGUAUUUUGGAUUUUAUCACAGUGUUAAAGGGAUUGUGCCUGAACAUGAGGAUCCCUUCUUAGAAUUCGCUCGUAAAGUGGCGAUAGGUUUCACAUCAGGAGUAUUGGGAUCCUGUGUCAAUAUACCAUUUGAUGUUGCCAAGAGUCGGAUCCAGGGGCCGCAACCGACUCCUGGCAUUGUGAAGUACAGGUCUACAACGGGAGCGAUAGCUCUGGUCUAUAGAGAAGAAGGAUUCCGCGCGUUAUACAAAGGUCUUCUACCAAAAGUACUGCGACUGGGACCAGGAGGCGCAAUCAUGCUGUUUAUUAUUAUAACUGGAUAUAAACUACUGCACUCUGUAAGAUCUACAAAAAUGGAACAGAUGCAGCAACCUCCUAUAUCACACUUGGUGCAGGUGUACCAACCUUCUGUAUCAAGUACAAUUCACAUUUCACACCCCACACUUCCAACGUCAGGAGGCAAGCUGACAUACCAGCAGGCUAUGUCUUCAGAGUCACUGUCAAUACCAGUAUCAUCUCACCAUGUUGCUGAAAUACAAACUCAGAUACAAAUAUCUCAAAAUCAAAUUGUAAUGUCCUGUCAGCAAGGACUGCAGAGUUUGCAACCGUUGCAGAGUCAAUCUCACAUUCUGCAGAGUUCGGACAUGACACAGUCUCUACAGAUUGCAUCCCAUGUGUUAUUACCCCAGCACAUGUUGAUGAACGGAGUACCACCAUACUAUAAUCAGUAUGAGUAUCCGAAAGAACAUUAUACUGGUAAUCAUAAGGAUCAGAGUUUACUUGCCAAACUUGAGCCUGAGAUGCAGUUGGUGGAAAAGGAUGCUGAAUGUGAAGUAGAUGAAACAUCUCCUGUUACAAAGAAAAGGAGGUCUCGGAGUCAAACAUCAAAUCCUACAUCUUGGGCAUGCAAUGUUCGCAAAGUAAAACAUCAACGUGGCGAGGCCUACAUCAGUCGACGAGGCAAAUUUGUACCAGAAAGACAAAUUAAGAACACAAAAGAUUGCCUUAAGAGUUGCAAGUACAAAUGCAGUGAAAAAGUUACAGACGAAGACAGAGAAAAUAUAUUUAAAGCAUUCUACACUUUAAGUGUAAAUGAAAAGAGAUUUUUUUUACUAAACACUACAGAACGAGUGUACAUCAAACGGAAUACAUCUGAUACUCACAAACGGAAGUUCUCUUUUAAGUAUUACUUCUUAUUGAAGUCUGACAGACAUACUGUCUGUAAGAAAUUCUAUUUGGGAACUUUGGCCAUAUCUCAGAAGCCUGUCUAUAAUGUUCACAUGAGAAAAACUGACAUGAAUAUACCAAAACCUGAUGGAAGGGGUCAUAAUAAGGCCAGUAGUCAUUCAUUACCGUUAGAAGUAAAGGAUAGGGUUAGAAAACAUAUUUGUUCAUUUACAACGGUUGACUCAAAACCUAUCCUACAAAAUUCUAAGAAAAAACAAUUUUUAGAUCCGAAUUUAAAUAUUAAACAAAUGUACAACAUGUAUUUUAGUGACUGUCACAGAGAAAACAUGGUACCAGUUAAAGAAUCUAUGUACAGAAAGAUUUUAAAGACAGAAUUCAAUUUGAGUUUUCGGAAAUUGAAAACCGAUUCACAGUUGUGUGGUCGAUGUAAAGGUUCAAUUAAGAAGAAGUAA